AAGCACAGCGCAUACAUACUUUAUGUAGCAAAUAUGCAACCAUAGUUCGAAAAUAGCAAGUAGUCUUCAGCCGAACAUUUGUGCGCAUUGUUAACCAAAACGACAAAAAUAGCAUUCAAUAAAGUCGCCCGUUUGGAGCAUCAUCCAUUGCGAUUUUGUCAAUAAAACCAGCUAUCUUCCAUUCAAAUGUCGACUUCGCAAGGAAUUCCAUAUUCAGCUGCUAGUAAUGGCAACAAUGAUAGUCAGAGCAGCUUGAACGACAGUGGACCCGUGAUUGAUCCAACCAAAGCUGCAGUAAGAGCUGCUCACAGUAAUGUUGAUGGUUUCCACGGUAAUAUUGAUGCAGUGGAUAAUGCGUAUCAAGCUAAAAUCGCAGAUUUAGAGAUGAAAAUCUCGAAAAUCCCGAUUUUAGAGGCGGAAAAUGUGGCUUUAAAAUCGGAAGUCAAAAGAUUAGUCGCGGAAGUUGCGGGCUUGAAGGCGGAUAAGACGGCUUCAGAUGCGCAAGUUGCGGGUUUGAAGGCCAAAAAUCUGGCUUUAGGAUUGGAAGUCACGGGCUUAAAGGGCGAAGUCACGCGCUUAAAGGGCGAAGGCACGCGCUUAAAGGGCGAAGUCACGCGCUUAAACGGCGAAGUCGCGGGCUUAAAGGCGGAUAAGACGGCUUCAGAUGCGCAAGUUGAGGUUUUGGAGAAGAAAAAUUUGACUUUAGAAUUGGAAGUCGCGAGCUUAAAGGUGGAAGUCGCGAAUAAUAAGAAGCGAUUCGAAGAGAUAGAACGCCAACUCUCAAACAUCAAACGAAAAUGUGAUGGCUGUGAUACAAUUCACGAAGGAGAUGACGUGAAGUGCCUGUCACCAAACUGUAUACACGAAAGAUCUAAGAAGGUAGAAGAAGCGGCAAUUGCCGAGGCAAUUACCGCGGCGUUGGCGGGAGCAGAUCGGCGUCGUCGUCUAGAAUUCGGCUCCCCGCGGGGCUAUUAGCUUCAGGGUGAACAUAUGAACUUCAACUGUCCGACUCGGAACGUGUUACACGGUACUUCUUGUUAAUUUUCCAAUACAAACAACAGCAAUAGCAACAACAACAACAACAACAACAACGAAGCACACACAAAGACACAAAUUUAGUCAAGUUUUUUUUCUUGUAAAUUGUAUUUUCUUUCUUUCCAUUCCAUCAAUUUUUCGACGCUUGGUGCACAUCGAUCGCACCAUAUAGACUAAAAAACCCAAUGAAUGCAUGUAGAAUAUAAACAAAUGUUUGAUAGUAUAAUAAGGCAAACGAAAGGAAUAAAAAAACUCAAUCUUCAUCUCAAUUAAUUCAA